AUGACUAAUUUUUCAUUAUCCAUAGAUUCGGUAGAAUCUGGCGCCAAGUUCCGUUUAAAUCCGUUGUCAACAGAGCGCCAGACUACCGAGUGUGUUUACUGUCAGCAGAACGAAACGUCUGUUACCUUCGCUUCCGUAACCCUGAGUAGCAGCUGCUGGUUGGACGUUGUAGCUGCUUCCCCACUGAUGAGGUGGCGGUGGAGGAAUCUGCUGCUGCUGAGGAGGUCCUGGUGGAGCACCCCAUCCUUGAGCGUUGUACUGAGUGCUGUAUCCAGCGUAACCACCAGUCUGAGGAUUAGUGCCCCAUCCUUGGUACCCUUGCAUCAUGUUGCCGGGUGGACCCAUGUGGCCUCCCAUCAUCGGACCUCCCAUCUGACCAUUAGGUCCACCCAUGGGGCCCAUGUUACCGGCCAUACCCAUUGGCGGGCCACCUUGCUGAGGCUGAUGGCCCCAUUGUCCUUGGUGACCCCUAAAGUUAAAAAUAUUUUUCUCAUUAAAAUUAUUAAACAUCCCGGAUAUGUGGUCAUUAAUAAUUUAAAUAUAAUCACUGUAUUAAUUGUAAUUAAAAAAAAAAAAAAUACUUACAGUCCGUCCGUCCAAUUGAUGGGGUCCAUUUUGAAGAACCAGAGCAACAUUAGCGGGAUCGCUAAAGGUGACGAAUCCAAAGCCACGACUGCGACCGGACUCGCUGUUCUUCAUAACCACACAGUCAAUAACUUCGCCAUAACGGCUGAAGUAUCGUUGCAAAUUUUCUUGAGUCGUCUCCCAUGA